UGUCUGUUGGUUCUCCUGGGGCUCUUUUGACCGAGUAGGUUAGCCUCCUGCUCGGCAAUGUGAUGGCCCUCCCUAGUCAUAUAGUCCCCUAGUUGCGGUCAGAAAAAGGACCGCAGCUCCAACUCGCGGCUUCUCUCGUGUGCUCUCAUCCUCCUCACCCUCCUCUUCCAUUGUCCCGUCUUACCCCAACUCCCACGUGCCUUGCGAGGAUGUCUGGAGUCGCUGAGCAAGCAACGACCCCUUCGCCGCCACCUGCGGUCGGAGACGACGGCGAUCAGCUGCGCUCGGAGGCCCUGGCCGCCGAUCUCAAACAGCUACCGCCUGGAUACUACUCGAGCGCCCGCGUCGUUGGCACUUUUGGCGCCAUCGGUUUCAGCCUCUUGGGCACGUACUGGGCCUUUUCCGUCGGCGCCUCUGUGAUCACAGCCAUCAACCGGGAUAUCGGCCCAAGCCAGAACGCGAGCCUGUUCUCCAUCGUCUGGACCGUGUGCGACUGCAUCAGCAUCCUCCUCUUCGGCCGCCUCUCGGACCGCUUUGGUCGCCGCUGGCUGGCUAUCGGCGCCAAUGUCCUGGGCAUAAUCGGCGGCAUCGUCGCCUGCACCGCGCCGAACAUGGACGUUCUCGUCGGCGCCAAUGUGCUGCUCGGUCUUGCGUCCGGCCCCCCGGCGUCCUAUCCCCUAUUGACCGGCGAGCUCGCGACCAACAAGACGAAGUACCUCGCGACCGUCUUCGUGGUGUUGCCCAACGUCGUCGCCACCGGCUUCGGCGCCUACAUCGGCCAGAGGAUCGUGCUGCAGACGACGUGGAGGUGGAUCUUCAUCAUCUACAUCAUCUUCAUGGUUCCGGGGACGGUGCUGUUCUACCUCUUCUACUUCCCGCCGUCCUUCACGCAGAUGCACGGCAAGACCACGACGAAGCUCGACGAGGUCAAGAAGAUAGACUUCGCCGGCGUCUUCCUCCUCGUCGCCGGCCUCGCGCUGUUCCUCCUCGGCAUCUCGUGGGGCGGCCAGCCCCUCGCGUGGAACUCCCCGACGAUCCUGGGUCUUCUCAUCACGGGUUUCGUGCUGCUCGUCGCGUUCGUGCUGUACGAGAUCUACGGCGGCGUCCAGCGCCCCAUCAUCCCCAUGCACUUCUUCAAGGACCUGCGCGGCUUCACGCCCAUCGUGGUCAUCUCGGCCAUCACCGGCUGCCUCAACGUCGCGCUGCAGAUCAUCUGGCCCUCGCAGGUCCUGAAGGUGUUCGGCACGAGCGACUGGGAGACCGCCGCCUGGCUCACCACGACCGUCGCGUUCGGCGCCUGGGGCGGCAUCGUCCUCUUCGGCCCGCUGUUCCACAUCGUCAAGCACAUCCGCUGGCAGCUCGUCGUGGGCUGUGUCAUCAUGACGGCGUUCGUCGGCGCGAUGGCAUCAGUCGAUACGAACGAGCUCGGCCAAGCCGCGGCGUUCUCCUUUCUCGCCAUGCUUCCCGUCGGCUGGGGGGAAGUUAUCACCAUGCUCAUGGUCCAGUACGUGGCGUCUGAUAUGGACCUCGGCGUCGCAUUCUCUGUGGUGUCCGCCAUGCGGAGCGUCGUGGGCUCCAUCUUCACCGCCAUCUUCAGCGCCGAGGUAUCGAACACGCUGCCGCAGAAGCUGUCCUCGAUCGCCGUCCCCGCCGUCACUGCGGCCGGCCUACCAUCCUCGUCCGUGGCCGACCUGCUGCUCGCCGUCCCCGCCGGGACGAAGGAGGCGCUGCUCGCGGUGCCGGGCAUGAACGACAGCAUCCUAGCGGUCGCGACGGAGAGCAUCGCGCAGUCCUACGCCGCCGCGUACGCUUACCCCUAUUACACGUCCCUGGGCCUGGGCGUCAUCGCCAUCCUCGCUGCCGCCUCCAUCCGCGACUUCGACCACUACCUCACCGACCACGUCAGCCGGCAGCUGUACCACAAGAGCGACACGGACAAGGAUAUCCUGCAGAUGGUCGACCACCCCGCUUCCAGAGACGGACCUGCCACCGAGAAGAAGCCGUCUCAGGGGUCGGACGACGGAUCGGCUCCAGCAUGAGUGCGUCUCUAGCGUUGUCAUUGUUUAUUGCGAAGACUGCUGGCUGUCAAAUGUCGUAACGGCUUGAUAGUUUUAUUUUGUGUGCUAGACUACAUGAUUAGCGUAUCUAUAGCUACUAUUAGUCACAUAAGAUGCCACCGCAUCGUAACUCCGUCUUCGAUAUUAGUU